CCUCCUCCCCUCGCUGCCUCUGGAGUCACCUCGGUGGGGAACCCGGGCUCCGCCGCCGCGGCCGGGCGCAGCCGUGCGGCGCACGACUCCGGGCACGACGCGGGCCAUGUAAGCAGGUGUCUUCCAGAGAGCCACAUCGGGCAUGGACACCUUUGUCCCUACUACCUGCAGGAGCACAGGGGGUAGCGUGACUGCCCAGUCACCAAGCUGCUAAAGCCAUCUCAGGGGCGAGCGUGCCAGGAGAGGAGGGCGGUGUCCCAGGCACAGAGCCAUGCCUUUCGGCCUGAAGCUCCGCCGGACCCGGCGCUACAAUGUCCUGAGCAAGAACUGCUUUGUCACCCGGAUCCGCCUGUUGGACAGCAAUGUUAUUGAGUGCACGCUGUCUGUGGAAAGUACAGGGCAAGAGUGCCUGGAGGCGGUGGCCCAGAGGUUGGAGUUACGAGAGACCCACUACUUCGGCCUUUGGUUUCUCAGCAAGAGCCAGCAAGCAAGAUGGGUGGAGCUGGAGAAACCUCUGAAGAAACAUCUGGACAAAUUUGCUAAUGAGCCUCUGCUUUUCUUUGGAGUCAUGUUCUAUGUGCCAAAUGUAUCAUGGCUUCAGCAAGAGGCCACAAGAUAUCAGUAUUACCUGCAAGUCAAAAAGGAUGUGCUCGAAGGGCGAUUAAGGUGUAGCCUGGAACAGGUGAUCCGGCUGGCAGGCUUAGCUGUGCAAGCUGAUUUUGGAGACUAUAAUCAGUUUGAUUCUCAGGAAUUCCUCAGAGAAUAUGUGUUAUUUCCCAUGGAUUUGGCCCUGGAAGAGGCUGUUCUGGAGGAGCUGACCCAGAAGGUGGCCCAAGAGCACAAAGCUCACAGUGGAAUCCUGCCUGCAGAAGCUGAGCUAAUGUAUAUCAAUGAAGUGGAACGUUUGGAUGGAUUUGGGCAGGAAAUCUUCCCAGUGAAGGACAAUCAUGGGAACAGUAUGCACCUUGGCAUUUUCUUUAUGGGGAUUUUUGUGAGAAACAGAAUUGGAAGACAACCAGUAAUCCACAGGUGGAACGAUAUUGGGAGCAUCACGCAUAACAAGUCGGCCAUACUGGUGGAGCUCAUCAACAAGGAGGAGACCGCCCUUUUCCACACGGAUGAUAUUGAAAACGCCAAGUACAUUUCUCGUUUAUUUACAACACGGCACAAGUUUUACAAACAAAACAAAAUCUGCACGGAACAAUCAAACUCUCCACCACCCAUCAGACGGCAGCCCACCUGGAGCCGGUCCUCCCUGCCGAGGCAGCAGCCGUACAUCUUGCCUCCCAUGCAUGUCCAGUGUGGCGAGCACUACUCGGAAACGCACACCUCACAAGACAGCAUCUUCCAUGGGAACGAAGAAGCCCUGUAUUGUAAUUCUCACAACAGCCUGGACUUAAAUUACGUGAAUGGCACUGUCACCAAUGGCAGUGUGUGUAGCAUUCAUAGCAUCAAUUCCCUUAGCUGCUCCCAGAGUUUCAUACAGGCCUCUCCCGUGUCCUCCAACCUCAGUAUCCCCGGGAGCGACAUCAUGCGGGCCGACUACAUCCCCAGCCACCGGCACAGUGCAAUCAUUGUGCCAUCUUACAGGCCGACCCCUGACUAUGAGACAGUCAUGCGGCAGAUGAAGAGAGGGGUCAUACACGCUGACUGCCAGAGCCAAUCUCUGCGGAACCUCAAUAUCAUCAACACCCAUGCCUAUAACCAGCCAGAGGACCUGGUGUACAGCCAGCCAGAGAUGCGGGAGAGACACCCCUACACUGUCCCAUAUGGGCCACAGGGGGGAUACAGUCACAAACUUGUCAGUCCAUCUGACCACAUGAACCCAAAGAAUAACAUGGUGCCAAGCAAGGCAGGGGCAAGUGCCAUCUCACACACGGUGAGCACCCCCGAGUUGGCCAACAUGCAGCUCCAAGGCACCCCGAACUACAGUGCAGCCCAUAUGCUCAAAAACUAUCUCUUCAGGCCACCUCCCCCCUACCCACGUCCCCGGCCCGCCACCAGCACCCCAGACCUUGCCAGCCACCGCCACAAGCAUGUCAGUGGCAGCAGCCCAGACCUGGUGACACGAAAGGUUCAGCUGUCAGUGAAGACCUUCCAGGAAGACAGCUCCCCUGUGGUGCAUCAGUCUCUGCAGGAGGUGAGCGAGCCCCUGACGGCCACCAAGCACCACGGCGCCGUGAACAAGCGCCACAGCCUGGAGGUGAUGAGCAGCAUGGUUCGGGGCAUGGAGGCCAUGACGCUCAAGUCCCUGCACAUCCCCAUGGCGCGCCGCAACACGCUCAGGGAGCAGGGGCCACCGGAGGAGGGUCCCGGGGCCCACGACGUCCACCAGCUCCCACAGUAUCACCACACGAAGACCUUCUCCGAUGCCACCAUGCUGAUCCACAGCAGUGAGAGCGAGGAGGAGGAGGAGGCUCCCGAGACCGUGACCCAGAUCCCGGUGCUGCGGGAGAAGAUAGAGUACAGUGCCCAGCUGCAGGCAGCCCUCGCCCGGAUUCCCAACAAGCCCCCUCCUGAGUACCCUGGACCGAGGAAGAGCGUCAGCAAUGGGGCCCUGAGACACGACCAGGGGAACCUCCCCCCCGCCAUCGCCAGAGCCAGGGUACUGAGGCAUGGGCCGGCCAAGGCCCUCAGUGUCUCCCGAGCUGACCAGUUGGCCAUCAACGGGUCUUCUCUCGGUCCCUCCAUCUCGGAACCUGACCUGACCAGCGUGAAGGAGCGGGUCAAGAAGGAGCCGGUGAAGGAGAGACCUGUGUCAGAGAUGUUCUCCCUGGAGGAUAGCAUCAUAGAAAGAGAGAUGAUGAUUCGGAAUCUAGAGAAGCAGAAGAUGGCAGGCCUGGAGGCACAGAAGCGGCCCCUGAUGUUGGCAGCAUUGAAUGGGCUCUCGGUGGCUCGGGUCUCCAGGCGAGAAGACAGCCCUCAUGCUGCCAUCCGCGUUCCCAUGGACGAGAGGUUCAGAACCUUGAAGAAGAAACUAGAAGAGGGACUGGUGUUCACGGAGUACGAGCAGAUUCCAAAGAAAAAAGCAAAUGGCAUUUUCAGCACUGCAGCUCUGCCAGAAAAUGCUGAGCGGAGCCGAAUCCGAGAAGUUGUCCCAUAUGAAGAGAAUCGAGUGGAGCUAAUACCAACCAAAGAAAAUAACACGGGCUACAUCAACGCCUCCCAUAUCAAGGUGGUGGUUGGUGGGGCAGAAUGGCACUACAUUGCAACUCAGGGGCCCUUGCCACAUACGUGCCACGACUUCUGGCAGAUGGUAUGGGAGCAAGGAGUGAAUGUGAUUGCUAUGGUCACCGCAGAAGAGGAAGGCGGACGGACCAAAAGCCAUCGAUACUGGCCCAAACUGGGGUCGAAGCACAGCUCAGCCACCUAUGGCAAAUUCAAGGUCACCACCAAGUUCCGAACAGAUUCUGGCUGCUAUGCAACCACAGGCUUGAAGGUCAAGCACCUUUUGUCAGGGCAGGAGAGGACCGUGUGGCAUUUGCAAUAUACUGACUGGCCGGAUCAUGGCUGCCCAGAAGAUGUCCAAGGAUUCUUGUCCUACUUGGAAGAGAUCCAGUCAGUCCGCAGACACACCAACAGCAUGCUGGAAGGAAGCAAGCCCCGGCCCCCUCCCAUCGUGGUCCACUGCAGUGCCGGGGUGGGGAGGACCGGCGUGGUCAUUCUCUCGGAGCUGAUGAUCUACUGCCUGGAGCAUAACGAAAAAGUGGAAGUGCCCAUGAUGCUGAGACUCCUCAGGGAGCAAAGGAUGUUCAUGAUCCAGACCAUCGCUCAGUACAAGUUUGUCUACCAAGUGCUCAUCCAGUUCCUCCAGAACUCCAGACUCAUUUAACCUCCCACAGCCAGCUCCCAGAGGACCCCGCUCUACCCUGCAGGUGGACAGUCACUCCAGACAACAUCUGCCCCCCGGGCGAGGGGCAGAUCGCAGGCAGCAGGCAGGCUGCCACGAAUAUCAUGUAUUAUUUUAUACGAGAUAAUUUAUUUUUCCCCCUUUGGAAUAACUUUUGUGAAUUAUUACAAUACAGUUUUCACCAUAAUAUAGUGCUUUUCAUUUGAACCACAUUUUGACUGAUCUGCAUUGUAAUACGUCAGCAUGGGAAGUUGCUCCGUGUGGCAUUUUGGGGACAGGGGCAAAAAGGGGACACAUCUCUAGUUCAGUGGCAGCCAGACUCAUAAUCCCCCCCUGAAAUUCAUUGGCUCAAAUGCUCAUGUCUAAGUCAAAGAUGGCAA